AUGGGUGCGAAUGGUUCGACGCCGCGGCUGAAGCGCAAGAAUUCACCUGGUGAUGUGUCUGACAGUGGAUCGCGGAAGAGCAGGAGUUCCGACGGUUCUUUCAAGACUCCUCCUACUCUCCUGAAGGAGAGUGGCAAUGAGAGCACAAAGGAUCCUCCGAACGAGAGAGGCAAGACGAAGGACCGGGUCGGGAAACCUGACAGGAGCGCUAAGGACAAUAUGAAGGACGAAAAGAGCAUGAUCAAGAGUAAUCCGAAACAGGAUGCCAAGAAAACCUUUCCCUCAAGGGAGCGACGAAACAUGUUCGGCAGGAAACAGACGUCCGCGCCCAUGGCCAAUAUCGAUUCCGACUCGGAAGAAGGCGCACCGCCUAAUCCAGAGUCUGCGGAUGAGAUCGAGUUCCAUACUCCACCACCCAUCAGGAAGGCAAUCAAUACCUACAAAGAGAUCAAACAGAUCAAUAAAGGUCUGACGGUGCUGAACGACGUGAAUCGAGAUACGAAAGAGUUCAAAAUGUACAACGACUCGAAGGACUUCAAUGCGCCGACCGUCUUGCAAAAUGAGAAAACUCUCAGCCUGGACAACAAUCUCACCCGGCUAGCCCGAGACAAGAUCAGCAUGUUGGAAGCGACGAAGACCGAACAAGAAAUAGUCAUCAAUAAACUGCAGACCGAAGUGGUCAAACUGAAGGAGAAAGUUCGACAUCUUUGUAAGCUUCGACAAGACUUGCUGGAGCAACGAAGUCAGGUUGAAGACCGUAUGCGCUCUGUACAAAGGGAGCGUGAGCACGAGAUCAAUCAACGUGACAGCAAAAUUCGAGAGCUUGAAGAUGAGCUCGAGCAGUACGAGUGCAAGAUGGAAUAUUUGGAACAUACGCAGGUCCAUCUACAGCGAAGUCUCCUUGCUUCGGAGAACAAGACCCCCAAAUUAUUGGAAGAGCUCCAGAAAAUCAGUCAAGAUUUGGCAGAAUGUCGCGAUGAGCUCAAAGAGAAAAACCAUCGGAUACACGAGCUCGCGAGCUCGGUCAUGACCAAAGAAGCGAUGAUCGAACGCCUCCAGGCCGAUUUGAAAGCGUUCAAGAAAGAAGCCGCCGCUGAGAUGGAAAAGCGUUUCCUCACUUACACCGAGGAGAAAGAACGUUUGAUGAGUCAGCUCCAAGAAGAAACUGAGGAAUACGUCAAAGCCGCCUUCGCCGAAAAAGACUGUCAACUGAAAGAACUCAAUGAAGAGUGGCAGAAUCGCUAUGACCAACUCAACGAUGAGAUUCUCACGAAGCUCAACUGA